AAAGCAAUAUCCUCACAAUGAAACUCUUCCUGCUGAGUGUGUUUUUCUUCCUGGCCACCUGCCACGCCGCUCAAGCGUUGCGUUGUAUGCAAGGGGUCGAGCUGAUUCUGCCCUCGAACGGUACCCCGGAGAAGGACAGCGAAAAAGUGCCGGAAUACACCGAGUGCGGGCUGGUGACCACGGGUGUGUCGGCUGCCACCCUGCUUGGGCUGAAACCGAGCACGGCCGUGCUGCCCUCGGGCGACUACAAGUGCUACCAUCUGCGGAUUGAGGACAGCGACACCAAGAAGGGAACCAUCGUGAAGGGCUGCAUCUACAAGGCCCAGAACGUGUGCGACGGCAAGUUCAAGGUGGACACCGCGCGCGAAGUAUUCUGCAGCCAGUGCGAUCAGGACGAGUGCAAUUCGGCCCUUCGUUUCGCGUCCAACUGGAAGAUUCUCAGCCUCACCCUGUUCACCAUCGUGUGCUUCUUCAUGAAGUAA